AGAGUGAAUUAGGACAUUCACAAUUCAAUAAAAUUUAAUAAAUAAACAUUGGUAAACAAUAUCAAAAUUUUAAUGAAAUGAAAUAAGUUGUGUAGUGACUAGUGAAUUGUGAUGGAGGGUGUUAAUGCAGUGGCUGAAUUAGCAGGAAGUGUAGAGAACAGUGCUGCAGAAGGUGAUGGAGACCACUGGGGAUAUAGAAUGAUGGAGCGGUGUCCGUCGCAGUCGUCGUUGGACGAGUCGUCGCAGCGGCGCGAAGCCGGUGAGCGAGAGGCGGGCUCUCAACACGCGGCGCAACUGCUCAGCGCGCUCGCGGCGCUUCGCCAGAACGCGUUGCUGUGUGACGUGCGCCUACAGGCGCAGUCCGAGGGCGCCACGGAGCCCGGCGAGGGCACUUGGGCGCAUCGCGCGGUGUUGGCCGCCAGCUCGCCGUACUUCCGCGCCAUGUUCACGCAGUUCACCGAGCGAACGCGCCCCACCGUCACCAUACAGAACGUGGAGCCUGAGGCGUUGGACGCGAUAAUCGAGUACGUGUACGAACCCGAGUCGCUCACGAUAACGGAAGACAACGUGCAGGCGUUGCUAUCGGGCGCGUCGCUGGUGCAGGUGGGCGGAGUGCGCGCGGCCUGCUGCGCCUUUCUGGCCGCCGCGCUCUCGCCCGACAACGCGCUCGGUAUCCGCGCCUUCGCCGAGCUGCACGCCUGCGCCGCCCUCGCCGCCGCCGCCGACGACUUCGUGCACAAGCACACUCUCGACGUGCUACAGACCGAGGAGUUCCUCGCGCUCGAGCCGGCCCCGCUCGCGCGCCUGCUCGCCUCCGACCACCUCAGCGUGCCCGGCGAGGAGCCGCUCCUCGACGCGCUGUUGCGCUGGCUGAGGCACGAUCCCGACGCGCGCCGCGAGCGCCUCGCCGAUCUGCUCGAGCACGUGCGCCUGCCGCUGUUGCCGCGGGAUGUGCUCGUCGCGCGCGCCGCCGCCGAGCCGCUCGCGAGCGCCCCGCUGCGGGUCAAGGACCUGCUCAUCGAGGCGCUCUCCUUUCACCUGUCGCGGCCGGAGCGCCGCGCCGCUGCCGCCGCCGAGUGCGCGAGGGCCAGACCGCGACGGCCGCCGCGCUCGCCUCGCGCGCUGCUCGUGGUCGGUGGCCAGGCGCCCAAGGCGGUGCGCGAGGUGGAGGCGCUCGAGCUGGACACGGGCCGCUGGGGUGCCGCCGCGCAGCUACCGACGCGCCGCUGCCGCGCUGGACUCGCGGUCGUCGGCGGGCGGCUAUACGCCGUCGGCGGUUUCAACGGCACGCUGCGCGUGCGCAGCGUCGACGUGUACGACGUCGCGACCGAUUCCUGGAGCGCAGGUCCGCCUCUGACGGCGAGGCGAUCGACCCUCGGCGUUGCGGCGAUCGGGCAGGUGAUCUACGCCGUCGGCGGGUUCGACGGAGCCGCCGGGCUAGCCUCGGCCGAGGCGCUGGACCCGCGCGAGGGCGCGUGGCGGCCCAUCGCCGGCAUGAGUACGCGGCGCUCGUCGGUGGGCGUGGCCGUGCUCGAGGGCAAGCUGUACGCGGUGGGCGGCUACGACGGAGCCUCGCGGCUCUGCCUCAGCUCGGUGGAGCGCUACGACCCGGCGACGGACGCGUGGGAGCCGGCGGAGGAGAUGAGCGCGAGGCGGUCGGGGGCCGGCGUUGGCGUGGCGGGCGGGGCCCUGUACGCGGUCGGGGGCCACGACGGACCCGCCGUGCGGCGCUCCGUGGAGCGGUACCGACCCGCCGAGGGAUGGAGUCCGGCGCCACCCAUGGCGCACGCUCGCCGCAACGCCGCCGUGGCGGAGCAUCGCGGCCGCCUCUACGUCGUCGGCGGCGACGACGGCGCGGCCAAUCUCAACACGGUCGAGGUGUUCGAUCCGGCCACCGAGCAGUGGUCGAUGUUGGGCAGCGCGAUGACCCUGGGGCGGUCUUACGCGGGCGUGGCGGUGGUGGAACGCGGCCCCUGACACGCGGCCCCGCCGCUCGCUCCCCGGCCCCGCUGCCCGCACGCGCGCGGCUCGCAGACGCUCGAGUUCCACGGGCGGUGCGUGCGCGGCGUGUGCGUGCCCCUGCCCCUUCGGCGCCUGUCCGCCUCUUGUUCCACCAUCGACGUGCCGCCGUGCCUCCUGCUGCUGCGCCGCGCCUGCCCCGCGCCACUCUCCGAGGACGACGACGACGACGACGGCGACUAGCUCCUUCGCCAUUCGCCCCUUCGUCUCCGCGUCGCGGAAGUCGAACCCGGCGCUGAUUCUCUAAAAACAUUCCCUUCGAUGGGCCUCCGCGACACAAUCGCGCGAAUGAAACUUUGCGUUUCCAUCCUGAACAAAGUUAAAAAGCUGGAACUAUAUUAAUCUAGUGAAAUAUAUUUUGAUAAUUUAUUAAAGAGCGGCUCAGAGCGGAUGGAUCCGGUUUCUUCGGACUCGCAGAAGACGACUUCACAAGCGAUUUGAAACUGCAAUAUUAUUAUGGUCAUAAGUGUUAGGUUACGUUAGCUUUUGAUUUUGGAUUUCACGUACACGCGCCUACGUACACGUAAUGCGCACCCUGCGUAUUUGACUAUACUAUUUGGCUACUUUACGUCGGACGUGGGACGUCGAUUUAUUUUUAAUUGGAUUAAACUUUGUCUCUCGAGUCACAGUGAACGACGGUACUCUUGCAACCUAUGUACUUCGAUUUUUUUAUUAGUGAAGAGUAAGUAAAUGUUAAAUAAAG